GCUGGUGCUGGUUUGAAUGAGUCGCGCGCCUCGCAACAUGCUGGAGCCAGAGUUUGUGCGCGCGCCAUGAAUCCGACCAACGACACCAGAACCGACAGAAGUCCAGCGGAGCAGCAUGUCUUCACUGUCGGAACCUACAAACUUCUGGCGUUCACCAUCGGAACCAUCGGGCUGUUCGGGUUCGGGAACAACGCGCUGGUUCUGGUCCUCUACUGUAAAUUCAAGAGGCUCCGAACCCCGACGAACCUGCUGCUGGUCAACAUCAGCCUGAGCGACCUCCUGGUUUCUGUCAUCGGGGUCAACUUCACCUUCGCCUCGUGCGUCGAGGGCGGGUGGAUCUGGAGCCGCGCGACCUGCGCGUGGGACGGCUUCAGCAACAGCCUGUUCGGCAUCGUCUCCAUCAUGACCCUGGCAGCUCUCGCUUACGAGCGCUACAUUCGGGUGGUCCACGCCCAGGUGGUGGACUUCCCGUGGGCGUGGCGGGCCGUCGCCCACAUCUGGCUGUACUCCCUGGCCUGGACGGGGGCUCCUCUGCUCGGCUGGAACCGCUACACCUUAGAGGUCCACCGGCUGGGCUGCUCCCUGGACUGGACCUCUAAAGACCCAAACGACGCCUCCUUCGUCCUCCUCUUCCUCCUGGCGUGUUUCUUUGUGCCUGUCGGCGUCAUGAUCUACUGCUACGGGAACAUCCUGUACGCUGUCAGAAUGCUGCGCUCCAUCGAAGACCUCCAGACGCUUCAGAUCAUCAAGAUGUUGCGCUACGAGAAGAAGGUGGCGGCCAUGUUCCUCCUGAUGAUUUCCUGCUUCCUGGUGUGCUGGACUCCCUACGCGGUCGUGUCCAUGAUGGAGGCCUUCAGCAGGACGAGCAUCAUCUCCCCCACAGUGGCCAUCAUCCCCUCGUUCUUCGCCAAGUCCAGCACGGCGUACAACCCCCUCAUCUACGUGUUCAUGAGCAGAAAGUUCCGGCGCUGUUUCCUGCAGCUGCUCUGCUCGAGGAUCUCGUGGCUCCAGCGCAACCUCAAAGAGCGGCCCCUGACUCCGGCCGCGCGCCCCGUCCGGCCCAUCGUCGUGUCCAGCUCGUGUGACGGCCGGGAGCGGCCCAAGAAGAGGGUCACCUUCAACUCCUCCUCCAUCGUCUUCAUCAUCACCAGCGACGACCUGCAGCAGCUGGACGUCGCCUCCAAGGCUGGAGGUUCAUCGCAGGUCAACGUCAUCCAAGUGAAACCGUUGUGA